GCCCGGCCCCGCCCCUCCCGGCGCGGUCCCCUCACGGCGGCGGCUCCAUUUUCUCGCGCUCCCGCGGCCCCCGCGUAGCGCCCGGUUCGCCUCAGCCCCGGCCGAGAGACCCCCGAGACACCGCGCGCCGCCAUGAAUGAGGAGUACGACGUGAUCGUGCUGGGCACCGGCCUCACGGAAUGCAUCCUCUCCGGGAUUAUGUCAGUGAAUGGAAAGAAAGUCCUUCACAUGGAUCGGAACUCGUACUAUGGAGGGGAAAGUGCUUCCAUUACACCCCUGGAAGAUCUCUACAAAAGGUUUAAUCUCCCGGGAACUCCACCAGAAUCUAUGGGGCGGGGAAGAGACUGGAACGUGGACCUCAUUCCUAAAUUCCUUAUGGCUAAUGGUCAGUUGGUAAAGAUGCUGCUCUACACAGAAGUCACUCGUUACUUGGACUUCAAGGUGAUCGAGGGCAGCUUUGUCUACAAGGGAGGAAAGAUCUACAAAGUUCCUUCCACUGAGGCAGAAGCUUUGGCCUCCAGUUUGAUGGGUCUGUUUGAGAAGCGCCGCUUCAGGAAGUUCCUGGUGUACGUGGCCAACUUUGACGAGAACGACCCGCGGACCUUCGAGGGCGUGGACCCCAAGAAAACCACCAUGAGGGAUGUGUACAAGAAGUUUGACCUGGGCCAGGAUGUCAUUGACUUCACAGGCCAUGCCCUCGCUCUCUACAGGACUGAUGACUAUCUAGAUCAACCCUGCCAAGAAACAAUCAACAGGAUCAAGCUGUACAGCGAGUCCCUGGCUCGGUACGGGAAGAGCCCCUACCUGUACCCCCUGUAUGGCCUUGGAGAGCUGCCCCAGGGAUUUGCAAGGCUCAGUGCAAUCUACGGAGGCACCUACAUGCUCAACAAGCCCAUCGAGGAGAUCGUCAUCGAGAACGGCAAAGUGGUCGGGGUCAAGUCUGAGGGGGAGGUGGCUCGCUGCAAACAGCUCAUCUGCGACCCCAGCUACGUGUCGGACCGCGUGACCAAGGUGGGCCAGGUGAUCCGCGUCAUCUGCAUCCUCAGCCACCCCAUCAAGAACACAAACGAUGCCAACUCGUGCCAGAUCAUCAUUCCACAGAACCAGGUCAACCGGAAAUCAGAUAUCUACGUGUGCAUGAUCUCCUCUGCCCACAACGUGGCGGCGCAGGGCAGUACGAGCCAUCCAGCACCCCUGGGACCGCGUGACCCCGAGAAGCCAACCCAACCAAACCCAACCAAACCAAACCCAACCAAACCCAACCCAACCAAACCAAACCAGACCAACCAAGGCUGUUUUCCCUUGUCCAGGUUUGUGAGCAUCAGUGACCUGUUUGCACCGACCGACCCGGGAACCGAGAGCCAGAUCUUCAUCUCGCGCACCUACGACGCCACCACCCACUUUGAGACGACGUGUGACGACAUCAAAGAUAUUUAUAAGAGGAUGAUGGGAUCAGAGUUCGACUUCGAGGAGAUGAAACGCAAGAAGAACGACAUCUACGGGGAGGAGGAGCAGCAGUAAUGAGAGUCUCUAAUUAGGAGAAGUUUAAAUCGGCUAAUAUGAAUAUAUAAGGAACUUAAUGAACACUGUACGAAAUUCAAUAUUGUAAGGCCUGCUUUUGUAAUCCCAUCUCUGAGAGAUUGAAGAGUACUGCACUGGUAAUGUUCCCUUUUUGGAUAUCAUGUGUUAAUUAUUUCAUUCUAGUAGGGCUGCUGUCCAGAAUCUGGCAAAUUCCUGACUGAUAUUCCUGACUAACCUCGUAAGCAGAAAGGCAGACUGAACUUACUCUUGUUAUUAUUAUUUUUGCAGACGUAGACGUGGGUGCAGAUUUGAAAUAACUCAUUGACAGCUGUGUCUUACCUUGUCUUUUUAAUCAUUUGUAAAACAUCCUUCACAAUCCUGUGCUUCUGGUGAGCUCGUAGAUGUGACGCUGAUGUCACUCAAACCUGAUAUCAAGGAAAAUAGAAACUGAGCACUCCAUUAUUGUGGACAGCAUCCCUAAAAGUCUCUCCCAUCAAUCUUAACUCUGUGGCAAAGUUGUAUCAUGGACAAAGCCCACACCUAUUGUAGCAGCAAAUGUUGGCUUCGUUCUGGGCACAGAACUUAACCUCCACUUAAGCUUCUAAACCCGUUUACAUCGGUUGGGACACAGCUGUGCCUCAGGCUCCUUUGUGUUUUAAUCUUAAUAAAAUUGAGAGAACAAAUUACAGAGCAGGCAAGAUGUGGAAGUAUUUUCUGUCCCCCGGCGGCUUCUCGGAUGGACCAAACGGCGCUGCGGUAUCGGCAUGACAGAGCCUGUGCUUCUCGUGUCUCCUGAAGGCUCCAAAUGAUUUCUGUACUGCGAAGUAAAGCCAAAUUCUGGAAACCA